AUGGCUAAUAAUUCUAAAAAAGCUAUUGAAGAGUUUUUAGAUGAAAGUUUUGAAGAUGAAUCAGACAUAUCGAAUAUGUAUGAUUCUGAUGCCGACCCGGAAUAUCGACCAGGUGAGAAUAAUACUAAUAUUAAUUUUGCUGGGCCAUCACAAAGCUUACAAUUAACAAGUGCAGACGAUCCAUCAGCCGAUGAAUCGUUUUCCGAAAGCUCAAGUGAUAGCAGCGAUGAUGAACCUGUUGAUAAUAGUAAUUUAAGGGUGAACAAUUAUUUAGACAUUCCAGACUUUGGUUUUAAUAGUGAUUCGAUAGGAAUAAAACUAGAAAUUAAUGAAAGUGCUCAUAAUAAUCCAAUUGAAAUUUUUAAACAAAUUUGGACCGACGAAAUAACUGAAAUAUUUGUAUCUUCUAUUGAUAAAUAUGGUGAAAAUAUGAGUCUCCAAUGUCGUCCUCACAAUAAAGGAAGUAGAUCUACGCAUUUUAAGCCAACAACCUCUGAAGAAGUACAACAUUUUUUGGCAGUGUGUUUGCUUGGAGGUUCCAUCAAAUUUUCGGUUGUUAGAGACAUGUUCUCUAAUAACCCAUUAUAUUAUCAUCCUAUUGCUGGUCACAUUAUGUCAGGACGGAGAUUUGAGAAAUUAUGUAGAUGUUUUAGUGUAGAAUAUGCAAAUGAUACGAAUCCAUUGGUAGGCCCCAUGAAAAAACUUUAUCCAGUAUUUGACAUGUUAAUUCAAAACUUUCAAAAGUCAUAUUUUCCCGAUGAAAAUCUAUCAAUGGAUGAGUCAUUGUUAUUACAUCGAGGUAGAUUGGUAUGGCGUCAACAUAUAAAAGGAAAAAAAGCUAAAUAUGGUAUAAAAUUCUAUGAACUAUGUACUCAUGAUGGUUACGUUUUGAAUGUCGAUAUGUACAAAGAAAAAAAAACCCACACAACUGGUACUCUGAGGUCCAAUCGCAGAGGAAACCCAAAGGAAGUAACCACUAAAAAAUUGAAACGUGGUGAUCAUAUUUGGAGACGCAACAAAAAUGUUUACGUAUCCAAAUGGAAAGACAAACGCGAUGUUUUAUGUUUAACUACUAAAAAUCAUCCAAAAAUUAUACCAUCAAAAAACAAAUACGGCAUACUCAAAAAUAAACCAGCAGAAAUAGUGGACUAUAACAACUGCAUGAGUGGCAUUGACCGCAGUGAUCAAAUGGUCAGCUAUUACUCGUCUCCGAGAAAAUCGGCAAGAUGGUAUAAGAAAGUAUUGUACCAUAUGUUAGACAUUACUACAUGGAAUUCAUAUUUUAUUUACAAAAAACAUUUUAAUACAAAUUUAAGCUUUAAGCAAUUUCGUGAUCAGCUAAUUAAAAAUUUGAUAGGACUUCCAAUGCAAACUACAGCAACAGAUCUAUUUAAAAUUAAAAAAACAAAAAUUCAAGCACCUGAAAACAAUCACUAUGCAGAAAAAAUUCCCAUACCACAAAAUUAUAAAAGACUCACAUACUUUAAAAAUUGCAUUCAGUGUUACAAAACUAAAAUACGAAAACAAACAUCAUUUCAAUGUAAAGUCUGUGGUAAACCUCUUUGUCCUGGGAGAUGUUUUGAAGAAUGGCAUAAUUAUAAUCAAUAA